UUUAUAUCAUAGUAAUUUAAUUAUAGAAUAUUAAGAGCACAAUGUUAUUUUUUUUUCUGUACAGUUGUACGUAGUAUAUGAAUAUACCUAAAAAAAAAAAAUUCUUUUUAACAAUAAUAUACCCGGAAAUACAUAAUAUAUAGUUCAUAGUGAUUAAAUAACUUUUAUAAGUAGACUUUAAUACGCUAUCUUUACAUGAACUGAUUAUACUUUAUUAGACCUAAUAAGCCAUAAUCGCCUAUCAUUAUACCUGAAAUUUAUUUUGUAAGUUACAAAACACACCAAAUUGACCAGUACAAGAGUAACAAGACCUACAAUUGAUUUGCACUCCUUACUUGCUUCUCAAAAAAAAAAAAAAAAAAAAAAAAAAAAAAGAAUUGUACUUGAAAUCACAUGAACCUAAAAUCCUAGAUACAUCACAAAAUGAUUAGCUUCAUUACUUAAUCAUGAUAACUUGACUACUUAAAUGAUAUAUUCAAAUGUUAUCCGAUCCUAAAUUGAAAGUUUUAUAGAUCCGACAAUGAACCUACCUUUACUUCGGAGUAUUUUGUACUAAAAUUUGACCCAAUUUUUACCAUACCAUAUCUCUUGUAUGUGGCUGACUACACCAUGUGAUCAGAGUUAGAGCUAUAGGGGUUACUUGUCAGUGUUAUAGUGUUUACUUUUUUUUAGUUUUAUUAGGGUUACCUUGUCAAUAUUACAAAGGUUACUCCGUUAGUGUUAUACGGUAUUACUCUAUUCAUUUACAAGCUGCCACACGAUUUGGUCAGCAGUACAGAUUACACGUUAUAUCAUAGUACCAUACAAUUAUUCAAAAACAAAAAAAAAAAAAAAAAAAAAAAAAAAGUUACAUUAGCAUCAAGCCAUCAACAAAACAAGAUCCAACAAAUUAGUAAAAAAAAAAGAAAAAAUAAAAUAAAAUUAAUCCCCCUUUGUAAUAAGCAAUAAUGCAAAUAAUUUCAACAAAUUAAUCUCUUAACCCAUACUCUUCUCUUAGUUAAUAGAUCCCUUUUUCCCGCUUCACUUUCGCUAAACCAUACUCUCACGUUUUCCUUCCCCUUUUUUUUGCUCACCUCUUUCUCUCUUCCUCUCUCCUUCCUUCGCCGGAAAACGCUACUUUCCGCCGGGAACCGCCAAUCUUCCUCUCCUACCCUUCUUUCUUCUCUCUCCUCUCGCCUUCAUUCCGCUCUCCAAAACGCACUCUAACGCCGUCGUUUUAGCGCUUCCACCGCCACAUUCACUGAGCGCCGCCGCAUCCACCGCCGGAUUUUUUUUCAGCCUUGACCAGUUACCUGCCGGUCACCCUCUUCUUUUGCCGCCAAUGUGAUUACCGGCUACUUCCAGUUGUUCGCAUUCUUCACCGGCUACAUUUGCACCGUUUUUUCGCCGCAUUGUUUAUCUGGAUUCAGGUUAUUACUUUGAACUUGGAAUGGUGGUUGUGUGAGAAGUACUGGAGAUUCUUAUUGAGAAUUAUUGAACCCAUGGCAGACAGGAGCUCCUCUUCAAUGGGGUUUUACUGUUGGAAUUCCCUGUUUUAUUGGCUUUGUCUAACAAGCAUCCUCUUCCUACUUUCUUCCUUCUUUGUAUUGCGGUCAACAGGCCGGCCACAAUUUGUUUUUCGGCCUAGUUCAGAUGCUAACAUUGUGUCUGAUAAUAUUAAUUCUGGUGGAGGAGCUGCAGUAUUCUGUGAAAAGUUUAUAGCAGAACGUGGUGUGAGCAAACAAGUUCUGAAGGUUUUCAUGUAUGAUUUGCCACCUGAGUUUCAUUUUGGACUUUUGGAUUGGAAACCUGAAGGAUCUAAUGUUUGGCCUGAUAUUCGAACGAAAGUCCCAAACUAUCCUGGUGGAUUGAAUCUACAACACAGUAUAGAGUAUUGGCUUACACUUGAUAUCCUCUUUUCGGAAUAUUCUGGCUCUUCCAAUUCUCGUGUUGCUGUGAGAGUGCGAAAUUCUAGUGAAGCAGAUGUGAUAUUUGUCCCCUUCUUCUCGUCGUUAUCGUAUAAUCGCUUUUCAAGGCUGAGAAAGCAGGAAAGAAGCAGUUUAGAUAAGCUUACACAAGAUAAGUUGGUCCAAUAUUUAGAAGCUCAAGAAGAAUGGAAAAGGUCAGGGGGUGUGGAUCACAUUAUCAUGGCUCAUCAUCCAAAUAGUUUAUUAUAUGCAAGGAACCAACUUUGGCCUGCAAUGUACAUACUCUCAGAUUUUGGGAGGUAUCCUCCAAAUAUAGCAAAUGUCCAGAAAGAUAUCAUAGCACCUUACCGGCAUGUUAUCAAGUCAUAUGUCAAUGAUACAUCGACUUACGAUAGCCGUCCAAUCUUACUGUUCUUCCAAGGUGCCAUUUACAGAAAAGAUGGUGGAGUGAUAAGGCAAGAGUUAUUUUAUCUCUUGAAAGAUGAAAGGGAUGUGCAUUUUACAUUUGGAAGUAUCCAACGAGGUGGUGUCAAUAAUGCUACCCAAGGAAUGCACUCCUCUAAAUUCUGCCUUAACAUAGCCGGUGACACACCAUCAUCAAACCGGCUGUUUGAUGCGAUUGCCAGCCACUGUGUCCCUGUUAUCAUCAGUGAUGAAAUUGAGCUUCCCUACGAAGACAUAAUUGAUUACUCGGAAUUCUGCAUUUUUGUUCGUACUUCUGAUGCCACAAAAGAGAAGUUUCUUAUGAAUCUUAUUAGGGGUAUUAGCAAGGAAGAAUGGACUCGCAUGUGGAGGAAACUGCAAGAAGUUGAGAAUUACUUUGAGUUUAGGUAUCCAUCAAGGGAUGAUGACGCUGUCCAAAUGAUAUGGAAGUCCAUAGCACACAAGGUGCCUGCAGUGAAGUUGAAAUUGAACCGAAAUAGGCGGUAUGUUCGUACCUCUAAUGUCAGUGUGGAUAGGGAACCUCCAGCUUUCAUGGUGCCGCAUAGUUUUUGGUAGGAAUCGACGUCUUCUUUGGAGGCCUGCAAUUUUUAGGGUCGGCCAAAGCUGCCUAACGUAGGUGAGAGACUACACUUACAGAAAUUUUGUGAUCAUUUCAAACUCGAGGGAACAGAGCUUCAUUUCCCCUCUUUAGUUACCACUUAUGUAGCCAAUGAGCCAUCUUCCUAAAUCGAUUGUGUAUAGACAAUUUUUUCCCAAGGCAUCGGCUAUUUCUCGAAAGUAGACCGUUGUAUGUUUUAGGAAUUGGCAGUAAAGGAACACUUGAAGUUAAUACGGAGUAUGAUUGAUUCUUUUAUUCA